CUCGCGGAGAACAAGGAGCGCGCGGAGCUUAGCGCAAAGCGCUUGGCAAAGAGAAGGUCGGAAGUGCAGGUGAUUAGCCGGGGAGCGCACCACAUCCUGCCUCUCUCUCGGCCCUUUGAACUCCUGGAUAGGCCGUAAUUAGGAGGGCUCAGCCGGUGCCCUACCUGCUUGCUCCAGCUCUUGAAGCCUUGUUUUGAAGUGUUGAUCCAACCGAUUUGAAGAGCUUUGCUGAAGCUUGUGUGGGCUUAAGAGAAAGGAAACAAGGUGAGCGAGCUUAGGUAUAAAUACCCCGCAGAGAGAGACGGUCCUGUCCACGGCUCCGCAAGUCUCUUUCUCACGGUCAGUCUCUUGCGAAGACUGCCUCGCUCGGCUUCAACGCUCCAGCACCGCUUAACUAACAGCCAGAGCUGCAGCACCCCUUGGACACAGGUUUGCCUGUCUGAAGGAUGGACGCAGUCUGGCUGCUGGCACUCAGCUGCAUCUGUUCCCCGCUGGUAGCCCUGGUCCUGGACUCCAACACCAUCAAGAGCGCUGCAGAAGUGCACGGCCCCAAGACGAGCUCACCAUGCAUGAUAGACAAAGACUGCAAUGCAAGCAAAUUCUGUCUCACUCCCCAGGAUGGCAUGCCUUUCUGCUCUACCUGCCUUGGGUUACGGAGAAGAUGCCGGCGCAGUGCUAUGUGCUGCCCAGGGUCUAUUUGUCUAAAUGACGUUUGCAGCCGGGCUGAAGAAGUUAACCGAACGGAGGGAAGGAGGACUGAUGAGCAGGAUGGUUCUGAGCUGGAGUGGACAACCCAGCAUCAGAGCCAAGAAAACUCUUCCAAGAAAGUAAAUGUCACCUCUCAACAUAGCAAAGGUCAAGAGGGAGACAGCUGCCUCCGGACAUCAGACUGCACCACAGGGCUUUGCUGCGCUCGCCAUUUUUGGACCAAGAUCUGCAAGCCAGUUCUCCACGAGGGGCAGGUCUGCUCUCGACGGGGACACAAAGAUGUUGCUCAAGGGCCAGAAAUCUUCCAGCGCUGCGACUGUAGCCCUGGCCUGACUUGCCGUGUGCUGCUCGCUGGGAUUCCCCAACGAUCACGCUUAAGUGUUUGCCAGAAAAGCUAAAUUACCAUUAAAAUGCUCAAAGCCAGAGGAGAGAGGAGGAGGGACUCACCCUCUAACUCCAGAGCGACUUGUGCACUAUUCUGUAAAAUCAUCCCUAAACUUCCGCAGACAAACACUUAGAACAUUCAGUUCUAAGAGGUGGGUGCCCUGUUC